GGAGCGCGCGCGCGUGCGGCGAUGUGAAGAUGGCGGAGCUGCAGAUGCUGCUGGAGGAGGAGAUCCCGGGGGGGCGCCGGGCCCUGUUCGACAGCUACACCAACCUCGAGCGGGUCGCCGAGUACUGCGAGACCAACUACAUACAGUCAACAGAUAAACAGCGGGCCCUAGAAGAAACCAAAGCAUACACAACUCAGUCUUUAGCAAGUGUAGCCUAUUUGAUCAACACCUUGGCCAACAAUGUUCUACAAAUGCUCGAUAUCCAGGCAUCCCAGCUUAGGCGCAUGGAAUCUUCAAUCAACCACAUUUCACAAACAGUUGACAUACAUAAAGAAAAAGUGGCUAGAAGAGAAAUUGGCAUCUUGACAACAAACAAAAACACCUCAAGAACUCACAAAAUCAUUGCACCAGCUAACCUGGAGCGACCAGUUCGCUAUAUUAGAAAACCUAUUGAUUAUACAAUUCUAGAUGAUAUUGGGCAUGGAGUGAAGUGGUUGCUUAGAUUUAAGGUUAGUACACAGAAUAUGAAAAUGGGGGGCCUGCCUCGUACUACACCGCCUACCCAGAAACCACCCAGCCCUCCAAUGUCAGGGAAAGGAACCAUUGGGCGUCACUCUCCCUAUCGCACACUGGAGCCAGUGCGUCCUCCAGUGGUACCAAAUGACUAUGUACCUAGCCCUACCCGUAAUAUGGCUCCCUCGCAACAGAGCCCCGUUAGAACAGCUUCUGUGAAUCAGAGGAAUCGCACUUACAGCAGCAGCGGGAGCAGCGGCGGAAGCCACCCCAGCAGUAGGAGCAGCAGUCGAGAGAACAGUGGCAGCGGCAGCGUGGGCGUUCCCAUUGCUGUCCCAACGCCCUCCCCUCCCAGCGUGUAUCCAGCCCCCGCCAGCUCAAUUGGCUCUUCUCCCCUUCCUGCUACUUCUGCCCCUGCUCCUCUCCCUCCUGCCCCGUCCUCUGCCGCCCCAGAUGCUGCCGCUGCCGCGGGGGCUCAGCCCCUGGCCGAUGGCUUCACUUCUCCAACUCCCCCUGCCGCCUCUUCCGCUCCUUCCGCAGGUCAUCCUGUUCAGUUCUACAGCAUGAACAGACCUGUUACUCGGCACACCCCUCCCACAAUAGGGGGAUCUUUGCCAUACAGGCGUCCUCCCUCCAUCACUUCACAGAACAGCCUUCAAAACCAGGUGAACGGAGGACCGUUUUAUAGCCAGAACCCAGUGUGUCUUGCGCCCCCGCCGCCCUCCAUCCUGCAGGUAACUCCUCAGUUACCACUCAUGGGAUUUGUGGCCAGAGUUCAGGAAAAUAUUUCAGAUACUCCUCCUCCCCCACCUCCUGCAGAUGAGCCGGUAUUUGACGAAUCCCCACCGCCACCCCCUCCUCCCGAAGAUUAUGAGGAGGAGGAAGCCGCCGUUGUGGAAUACAGCGACCCCUAUGCGGAGGAAGACCCACCGUGGGCACCAAGGACCUACUUGGAGAAAGUGGUGGCGAUCUACGACUACACUAAAGACAAGGAGGAUGAACUCUCCUUUCAAGAAGGGGCCAUCAUCUACGUCAUAAAGAAAAACGACGACGGGUGGUAUGAGGGCGUCAUGAACGGAGUAACGGGACUCUUUCCAGGGAACUAUGUGGAGUCCAUCAUGCACUACUCGGAGUGAAGACCGCCGUGGCAAAGGACAGACGGGCACCUCUGUUGCCAGGAGUGUUGUUGGGCUUCCUAGAUCUCCACCAGCGCCUGGGGGAAUCUGGGCAAGUGAACUGAAGGA